AUGAAUUCCUCUCCUCUUCUUCUCUUGCAACAUCUCUCUGCAUGGAUCUAUUACAUUCCUUUGGCUGUUCUCUCCUUGAUGGGUGUGUGGUUUGUUUGGCAUUUCAUCACCUUCCUCAUUACUUUUCUGAAAUAUAGACACAUCCCGGGACAUGUGAGUUUUCUUCCCGCUGUCAUUGACUCCAUGCUCCACAAGCGAGUCUACAUUUAUCAUCAAUACAUUUGCACGUUAGAGGCCUACAAACGGCAUCCCGAAGCUUCCAUCAUUAAAUUACAAUUCGGAUCGGUCUGCACUCUCAUUGUGGCUCGAGAUAAGACACUUCUGAAGGAAUUACUCGUGAAAAAUUAUAAAAGCAUUAGUAAGGGAGAUGUAUUGGCUCCGGUUGGUCUUUUUGGUAAUAACAUGUUCUCUGCUGAUAGUAGUGACCCAUUGUGGAAGAAACAUCGAACAUUGAGCAAUCCAAUUUUCACAGGUGCAGCUCACUUGAGAAAUGUGUUCCGAGUGACCAUUGAGGAAACGAACAAGAUGCUCGAAUUUUGGAAACGAAUUUAUCGAGUGAAUGAAAAGAGUGGAGCCAUUGAGAAGGUCAAUGUAACCAAUGAGUUCAAAUCAGUGACCUUGUCGAUCAUUAACCGAGUGGCCUUUGAUUAUGACAUUCAUAUCUUUGAUAAUGAUGUCAAACAUAGAGAUGCUCUUCAUGAAUGGGUCAAUGACUUGCUAAAAGGUCUUCUCUACAACUUUGUUUUCCCAAAGGCAUGUUUUGAAUAUUUACCAUUUGGAAUUUUCAAACGUUUUAGAGAGGCUAAGGAAAGAUUUAAAGAAGCAGCCAUGUCCAUGAUUGAGAGGAAACAACUCGAAAAGAGUCAUGAACUUAAGGACGACGAAGAUUUGUUAAGUUUGUUAUUGAGUUCAUCAGAAGCUGCAAAAGAACAAGAUCAAAAACUGUCCAAAGGAGAAUUACUUUCUGCUCUCUUCAUCAUCUUCUUUGCAGGCUUUGAAACUUCGUCAGUCUCACUCAACUUUAUGCUUCGAAUGCUUGCCAAGUAUCCAGAUGUCCAACAACGAAUUUAUGAAGAAAUUACAAGUGAAAUUUCCUCACAAGAAGAAAUCACCUAUGAAUUAAUUACUGAAAAGUUACAUUUUCUCUCUUCAUUCAUGAAAGAAGUUCUCCGAACAAAGACUCCAGUGGGUGGUGGUGCGAGAAUUGUCAUGAAGAAGGGUGGAGAGACAUUGGGUGGAGUCAAGUAUCCAGCUGGAACACAAUUCCUUGCAUCGUACUUUAGUAUGCAUUAUUUUGCAAAGAAUGGAUUGGACGAAUUUAAACCAGAUCGAUUCAUGCCAACCAAAUCUGACUCCAAUCAGGUGACUCCAGACUAUUUGAACAUUGAUUUUAACACGGAUGAAAUUCUUCCAUUCAGUAUUGGACCAAGAGAUUGUAUUGGAAAGAGAAUGGCAUUGCUUGAGAUGAAGUUAAUUCUUGUCAUGUUGCUCUUACAAUUUAGACUUGAAGUGCCAAAAGGUUCGGAAGAACAACAGGAUCGCAUUGAAGAAACUUAUAUUGUGACUCGAACAGUGAUGGAUCCAUACUUGAUUGACUUUAUUCCAAGACAACAAUAA